AUGGAUGGACUACUUGGUUAUCCACGCCAACCAAUCUUAUCACAACCACCAGAUGCAGUACAAAGGCUCUUACCACGCCUGUCGCAGGACAGCUUGCAUCAAUUAGAGCGCAAUGCAAAGGAGCCGAUUGCAGCUCAUAAAGCAUCGAGGGUCCGAAACUGGGUCCAAGAUCUAGGCAACCCAACAUUUGGUGCUACGGACAGACCAUCUCAGGAUAACUUUCGUCGGUCUACAGAAGGUACUACUCAAUCAGCGGGCCGAAGUGAUCAACCUACCAUUAAUGGCUAUACAUUUGUUCAACGCCCAUCAUUUUUGGGCCCCAUCACUACUGGGCAUGCUACAACAUCACUUCCUGAUCCUCGCUCACCUGUGAUAGGUCUUACAGAGCCAUCUAACAAACGACUCAAAUUGUCCAACCACAGUCGUCCAUCCAGCCAGGGUCUAGACACGAGAGUACAGUCCUCCUACAAUAGCUCGAUAUCCCGGACUGUGCCAGCACCCCAGCCAUUAAACAGAAGCAACUCUACAAGUAGGCUUUCACAGCCAGCUACAACUCCAACGAUUACUUUGCCAAAAUUACCGAACCCAGUUCCUGCAAAGACUUUACCUCAGAAAGACUCAAUCAUCGAUCUCACUGAUGAUCAAAAAGCAAAAGGCCCGCAAAAGGAAGACGUGUUCAAAAUAAAGAUACAAGACGUUUUCCCAGACAUUUGCGAGGGCUAUAUCAAGACUCUGUACGCCAAAUACGAUAUCAAAAAUCGGACUGGGCAAUCAUUCCUCGUGGCAGUUCAAGAUGCCCUUGACGAAAUUCUUGCAAAGUCAUCCUAUCCUAAACAGGUCUCAAGGAAGCGGAAGCGGGAUGAAAAUAUCGACAGGAAUGACCUGCAAAGAAUUCGAGAAGAUGAGGUAUUUUAUUUUCCAGUUGCCUACAAAUUGCUCGUUAAAUCUUAUACAUCUGUACCCCAUACAACUAUUAAGAAUCUGUUGACGCAAUACAAAACCUUUCUCAAAGCAUACGUAGCUCUUCAUUACUUGGGUCGUCCCGCAUCAGAUGCAAGUGAAUACUGGAGACGCUUGCACAGUGCUAAAGACAAAUAUCCACCACGCUUUGCUGCGGUACUGGAUCACGAGUUACGGGAAGCGAAAAAAGUUAUUGCAGAGAAAGAAGGUGCCGAUAAGAAGAAAGAAGAAGACGCGAUUGAAAAGAUCAUUGAGGAAGAACAUCGACUAGCCGGAACCUUGGUGGAAUGUCAAUGUUGCUUUGCCGAAGUGCUUCCAGACCGCACUGUACCAUGUGAUGGAGACGAGAUCCAUUUAUUUUGCAACUCCUGUGUCAAGCAUAAAGCCGAGGUACAGGUGGGACUGAUGCAAUAUGAACUAAAAUGUUUCGACACCAGUGGAUGUCAAGCCGGAUUCAGCAUCAAAUUGGUUAGGAAAGUAAUCGGUGACAAGUUGAUGAAGCGGUUGGAGGACUUGCAACAACAAGACGAAAUUGCAAAAGCGAGUAUCGAUGGCCUUGAAGAGUGCCCGUUCUGUGAAUUCAAGGCAAUCUGUCCUCCGGUUGAACAGAACAAGGAAUUUACUUGUCUAAACUCGGAUUGCGAAAAAGUCAGCUGCCGCCUCUGCAAGGAAGAUACGCAUAUUCCGCAAACUUGCGAGGAAGCGAAAAAGGAACGUGGUCUUGAAGUGCGUCACACCGUUGAGGAAGCGAUGACCGCGGCGUUGAUUCGUAAAUGCCCCAAGUGCGGAUUGUCGAUUGUUAAAGAAGAUGGUUGUAAUAAGUUGAGAUGCCGAUGCGGUGCUCUUAUCUGUGAUGUAUGUAAGAAGGACAUCUCGAAAGAAGGGUACAUGCACUUCCAAGUCGGCACAAGUACUUGUAAUCUUCAUGAAGGCGACACGGGUCUCAGGCGACGAAUGAAUGAAGUCAUGCAGGCUGAAAAGGCUGCAAUGGCGGAGGUAUUGGCUCAGGACGACAAACUAGAUCCCGAGAUGUUGCGUGUUACAUCGAAGCCGGAGGAGAGUGUGAACCAGCAAGUUCCGGCUCAGCGUGGAAUGCCUGUUAAUGUGAAUCGACCCCGACCCCAGAUGCCGCCAAUGCCCCAGAUGCUCCAGAUGCCACCCAUGCCUCGGGUGCCACCAAUGCCUCAGGUGCCUCAGUUUCAUUUGCUAAAUGUAGCCCAGAUCCGUCAAGUGCCUCAGAUACCUCAGGUACAUCGAGCACCUCCGGCCGCAAGACCUACAGUUCCUCGAGCGGCCCCAAUGCCCGAGUUUCCUCAAAUACCCAGGUUGGCUCUAGCACCUGGGUUACCCUUGGAACCUGGGUUACCUCAAUUGCUUCUGUUCCAUGGUGCGCCUGAAGUGCUUACAACGCCAAUGCGCACAAUGUCCCAGACACAAGCACGACAAGCACCACGGACUGGAACACCUACAAUGCCUACAGCUCGACUUUUGACAAAUCCGGCAACAGCCACACAGCCACAGAGAUCCGUUACCACUACUGCAUUACGGACUACAACACCCGCAAUCCCUAUGGCUCGACUUCCAACAACUCAACAACGACAAACAUCCACCGUCGCUACCGCUACUGCAUCAAUCUUGACACCGAUACGACGACAGCCCUACGGACAAGCACCAUCACAACCACGCCAACUGCAGGCGAUACCACCACCGCUACAACGCACCAAUUCCACGCCGAUUCCGCAACUCCGUCAGCAACCACCUCAGCAACCACAUCAACAUCAUCACUUUCUUCGACGACGAAGUGGUAAUCACUAG